AUGGCUGUGAGUGAAGCAAUAUACGGCAACACGAUAUCGUACGUGUCAUCUAGUGCUUAUUAUGGGUUUGUGCCACAAAACAACCAGUGUUAUCAGCAGCCAAGGGUAAAUUGCGCUAGCUGGGACGCGCAGAAUGUUAAACUGCAGCAAAUUAGUAACGGAAACUGGUGCCACAACGGUGCAAUGGAAACCGAUGACGACACUCGCAACGUUGCUAUCGUAAAUAACUAUUGCGUGAUUCCAGAGGCUUUGCGCGGGGCUAAUCCGGCGGGGCAUUAUUAUUCGGACGCCAAUCCGGUACCGGGAUUCGCCGCCUCAGAUUCGCGUCAGGAUGCCGUGCGACGCCGGAACCGGAAGCGCAACAAUGCCGGCGACCUGAUGCCCCUCGACCCGGAUCAAUUCAAAAGGUUGCGGAAAGAUAGUGGUAACAGGUGCACUUACCAUGGUGCAGGAUACUCAAAAGACAGUAGAUUGGCCACGAUGUGUUAUAAAUCGGCACGACUAUGCCUAGGUUCAGCUGAUAAAUGCGGGCAAGUGGAAUCAGCAGUGAUUGAGAGCUGCUGCUGGGCAGCAGGUAACCCUAAUUCUUUACUUAAUGACGAAUGUAAGAGUAACAAUUUAUCAAAUGACAGUUCAAAGUUGAGCAAAAAUGACGCAGAGUUCGAAAGAAUGUUAUUAGAAACUCAUGGGUGCUCAGCAUACCAUCAUCAGCUAUUUCAAUCACAUAAUGAAAUUACAGAAACAGAGUUUUAGGCUUUGGUAAUCACUUAACGUUCAAUUGUUCAACAUUUUUUCAUCUAUUUUUCCUACUAGUUCAUACGUGAAUACAUACUAAUACUCAUCGAGUAUUUAUUGUAUGAGAUUGAAGUUGAUAUAAUAUUGAGUAACAAGUUACUAUGUGUAUGAAAUGAAUAAAUAUUUACUUUUGUAUGUAACACA